UAAGAAUGGAAGGUCGCAAUAUAGUGACUUAAAUUGUACCAUUUCACAAUCACGACACACUCCUACAAAGAGGUGAUUAUUGUUUUGCUCUGAGAGUGUGUUUCAGAGAGAUAAAAGAAGCAAAGUGGUGAAACAAGCAACAGUGCCACAAUUCAAAGAAGAAGAAAAAAGAUGAAAGCUAUUGUAAUAACGACACCAGGUGGACCUGAAGUGUUACAACUGCAAGAGGUUGAAGACCCUCAACUCAGAGACGAUGAAGUUCUCAUCCGAGUCCAUGCUACUGCCCUUAACAGAGCCGAUACCCUUCAGAGGAAAGGCUCUUACCCUCCCCCUAAAGGUGCUAGCCCUUACCCAGGUCUUGAAUGUUCUGGAACUAUUGAAUCCCUUGGUAAAAACGUUUCCAAGUGGAAAAUUGGCGAUCAGGUAUGUGCUCUUCUAGCUGGAGGUGGAUAUGCUGAGAAAGUAGCUGUUCCUGAGGGACAAGUUCUUCCAGUUCCACCAGGGGUUUCUCUGAAGGAUGCUACUAGUUUUCCUGAGGUUGCAUGUACUGUAUGGUCAACUAUUUUUAUGAUGAGCCGGUUAUCUCAUGGGGAAACCUUGUUGAUUCAUGGAGGUUCAAGUGGAAUUGGUACAUUUGCAAUUCAGAUAGCUAAGUACCGAGGAUCAAGAGUAUUUGUUACCGCAGGUAGUGAGGAGAAACUAGCUUUUUGCAAGAGUAUUGGAGCUGAUGUUGGUAUCAAUUACAAAACCGAGGACUUUGUUGCAAGAGUAAAGGAAGAAACUGGUGGUCAAGGUGUUGAUGUUAUUCUUGAUUGUAUGGGAGCAUCGUACUAUCAAAGAAAUCUUGAUAGCUUAAAUUUUGAUGGAAGGCUUUUUAUUAUUGGCUUUCAAGGGGGUGUUUCUACCGAGGUAGAUCUACGUGCUUUACUUGGCAAGCGUCUCACUGUACAAGGGGCUGGCUUGCGUAGUAGAAGUCCAGAAAAUAAAGCUUUGAUCGUUGAUGAAGUGGCGAAGAAUGUUUGGCCUGCAAUUGCGGAAGGAAAGGUUAAGCCUGUGGUCUACAAAUCUUUCCCUCUUUCUGAAGCUGCAGAGGCUCACCGGCUUAUGGAGAGCAGUCAGCAUAUUGGGAAGAUAUUGCUUCUGCCAUGAAAACCGUGGCAAAUACUCGAAGUACACGACACAACGUACUGUUUGAUCAUUUGAGUUUGGACUUUUGUGUGUUGUGACCUCAGGAUUAAAUAAAGUUGUGGUUUACUAUUAUAGCUAAAUGUUUUAUGAAUUGUGUACUGGUGAUAUCAUAUUUUAACUUCUUUAAUGCUUUAAUGAAAA